UUUCUUUUAUUUUAUAUACGGCUCUUUAUAUCAUAAUCUUUUCAGUUAAAGAAGCUAUAACCCGGCCACAAAUUAUUAUAAUAUAAGUGGAUGGAUAUCUAUAAGUGGAUAUCUAUCUAUACACAUAAUAUAUAUUUAUAUAUCACCACUCAUAAAAAAAAAUUAAAAAAAAAAACAAUGUCCUGACCUGACCCCAUCUACUACUUCCCCAAAACUUGUUAUAAAUACCCUCCUCUCGUUCAUCUUAAUUAUUAAUUUCCAACUCUGUCUCUCUCUUCAUCUCUCUCUGACCAAUAAGGUGUAAGGAAACAAAGCAUUUUAGAUGGUUCCAGAAUUAGAGCCAGAGAAGGUUCAAAAGUACCCGACAAUGCCAGAGGUAGUGGAGGAGCUAAAACGAGUGACAAACAUAGGCUUCCCUAUUUUGACGAUGAGUUUAGUGAACUAUCUAAGAAACAUGGCCAUGGUGGUUUGCAUGGGAAGACUAGGAAGCCUUGAACUCGCGGGUGGCGCUUUAGCCAUCGGAUUCACCAACAUCACUGGCUACUCAGUCCUCUCUGGCCUCGCCAUGGGGAUGGACCCACUUUGUAGCCAAGCUUUUGGUUCACAAAACGACGCCGUUGCAUUCCUAACUCUACAAAGAACAAUCUUCAUACUACUCUUCGCUUCACUGCCAAUCUCUCUACUUUGGUUCAACCUCGAACCCCUUAUGUUGAUCCUAAACCAAAAUCCAGACAUAACAAAAAUAGCAAGCAUAUAUUGCAAGUUCGCCAUACCUGAUCUUCUCGCUAACUCUCUUCUUCACCCUCUACGUAUUUUUCUACGUAGCAAGUCCACUACUUGGCCAUUGAUGUGGUCUAAUUUACUAGCCAUGUUUCUUCACAUUCCAAUCACUAUUCUGUUAACCUUUAAACUCUCUCUUGGUGUUCAAGGAAUAGCUAUCUCCAAUUUCCUCACAAAUUUCAUCACCCUUUUCAUUCUUUUACUCUAUCUCUAUUAUAACACCAAUAACAAGGAGUGUAAUUACUACCCUUCUUAUUUGAAAACACCAUUUUUGCCAAAAUCAUGGCCAAUUUUUUUGACCAACUCAACAUGGGAAGGUUGGGGGGUUUUGAUUAGAUUGUCUAUACAAAGUUGCUUAGCCGUGUGCUUAGAGUGGUGGUGGUAUGAGUUCAUGACGUUACUCGCCGGUUACCUUCCCAACCCCAAGGUGGCCCUCGCCACCUCCGCAAUUGUCAUACAAACCACCUCUCUCAUGUACACCCUGCCCUCCGCGCUGAGUGCCUCGGUCUCGACACGCGUUGGGAACGAGCUCGGCGCGGGGCAGCCACCAAAGGCGAGGCUGGCCGCGGCUGUGGCAGUCGGAAUAGCCCUAAUAACUUCUUUGGUGGGGCUGGUGGGGACAACUUUUGGGAGAGGAGCAUGGGGGAGGGUUUUCACUCAUGAUAAGGAGAUAUUGAAGCUUACCAUGGCCGUACUUCCCAUAAUUGGGGUGUGUGAGUUGGCUAACUGUCCACAGACUACAAGUUGUGGGAUUCUUAGAGGGAGUGCUCGGCCAGGGAUUGGUGCAGCCAUUAACUUCUAUGCGUUUUACUUGGUUGGAGCUCCGGUGGCUGUCGUUUUGGGGUUUGUAUGGAAGUUAGGCUUCUUGGGGCUAUGUUAUGGGCUCCUGGCGGCUCAAAUUGCUUGUGUUGUGUCCAUAUUGAUUGUGGUGUAUAACACAAAUUGGGAGAAGGAAUCGGUCAAGGCCAAAGACUUGAUGAUGAUCAAAGAUGUUAAUGUUGACGAUGAUGACCAUGAUCACCAGAUCGAUCAUAUCACAGUGCUACUUCAAUGACGUGAUGAUGACGAACAAUAGUUCGGUAUAUGUAGUAUUAUAUGUAUACUUGAUACCCGCAUAUAUAUAUAUAUAUUAUAUUAGCUUUCUUAUAAAGUAACAAGGUAUAAGAAAAGAAUUAAUGUUGUAGUGAAAAAUAUUAGAAAUCAUAUAAAUUACACAAAUAUUGAUUAGUUAAUAAGAACAAAAUUUUGUUAACUCAUGAGUGUGUAUCACAAAAUAUCUAGUUAUAUAUCUCCAUCAAUAUCAUUACUAUUA